UGGUAUUGAAAAGUAAAACGCGUUGUGCAUAUAGUAAUAACUUGAUAUUAAAUUGUUGCUAUAAUAAAUACCAGCAAAUUUUUACGGACCAGUGUAAUUUUACAUACAUAUAUGUUAUACCAAGCGGUAACAAUGUAAUACCGACAUUUUAUUAACUCCCUGGUCACAUCAGGUUUAUGGAUAAUAUUGAAACCCCAAUUACAUUAUUACAUACUUAAUCGCGAACAAUCCUGAUACUGCUUGUUACUUCGUGGAAUUUUUUUUGCGACUAACUGUUGUCGAUUUCUGCGAAUUUGUUAUAUAACCAUGACACCAUAAUGUUGUGAAGUGAAUUUGAUGAAUGUACGAAAGAAUUUUUAGAGUGUUAAUGCAACAUGGGAUUUAGCGUGAGAUGAAAAACAUCUGAGAAAAUAUUUAGAUAGUACCAGUACGCAAAUUAAAGAAACAACAAGACCAUUCUUUUACUUAGCUAAUUUUUGUUGUAUUUAAAUACAAAACAAACGAAAAAAAUGCUGGUGCAAGUCUGGAUUUUAUUGUUAUUCGUCACAGCCAAUUUUGCACUCGACUAUGUGCAAGAAGAUCCAUGCAAAAGUUACCCUGGGGUGUGCAAACCAAAAACUGAGUGUUUUGAGGGUGCCUUGGACAAGAUUAAUGGGCAGUGGGGCUGUCCCAGCAGUCCGGCUGGGAUCAAGUGUUGUCCUUCUAAUGUGAGGUACGUGCAAGAAGAGCCAUGUAAAAGUUACCCUGGCGUUUGCAAGCCGAAAAGUGAGUGUCCACAGGGUGCCCUUGACAAUAUUAAUGGACAGUGGGGUUGUCCCAGCAGUCCGGCUGGGAUCAAGUGCUGUCCAUCCAUCGAGUACAAACAGGAAGAACCUUGCAAAAGUUACCCGGGUGUUUGCCAACCUAGUAACGAAUGCCCAGGAAGAUCACUAGCUAAAAUUGACAACCAAUAUUCAUGCCCCUCUUCCCCCACAGGGAUUGAAUGUUGCCCAAAUGGGGACGGAAAUGGCGGAAAUGAAAUGGCGGAGGCACGACCGGAAAUUGACCACGUGGUGGAGACACGACCACCCAAAAUUGAGAAACCAGAAUUAGCAGGAGGCAAAAAACACGGGCCCAACGGGGGAUUCCAGUUCUCAGGAGAUUUUAAAAUAAUUAUGACAAUGACCUUAAUUAUCUAUUACUUCAUGCAAUUGUGAUUAAUUCUCGAAAAAUUUCGAGACGAAGAAGCUUGUCUCGUCGUGUAGCUCGUCUACUCUGGAAUCUCGCCUCGUGUCGAGAUUUUCAAGAUGGUCUCAUCUCACACACUAUGUAUGUACUUAUGUAUAAAUAAUUGCAUGAGCACAUCUUUGUACAAUCAAUUUUUUAGUGUUACUUGAUGCAAACCAGUCAUUAAAUUGUAUUG